GAUCAUUCUGCCCGGCUCGACAUGGUGGAUGGAACAAGAACUAGAACGCUUUAGCGAGAAAAUCUAGUGACCAAGAUCAUUCCAGAAAAAAACUCAGGAUCCAUUGAAUCACUAUGGUAACCAACACGCGCAACAGCCGAAGCUCAUUUCCAGCGCCUCGAAAUGCUCCCGGUGCCGUCAACGGGAUCUUUGCCACCGGAGCCAAUGCGGGCGUUGUCUCUGGCAGCUACCUCGAUUCUGUGUCUGCUGAGAAGAAAAGUCGCAUUCUCGAACUCGCUAAGGAGCUAAGGGGCUACAAGGGUGCCUCAAAGCCACAGAGGCCAGCGUCAGCUAGUGCGGCAAGAAGUGGUAGUGGACGAGCAGCGUCGUCUUCCUCACAGCUGUUACCUGAUCAUCUGCAAGGAGGGAGCAAAAACGACUCGAAGGACAGCGUCCACAGUGUCAGCAGCUUCCUGGAAAAUGUCGAUGCAGCAGAGACGGUCACUGAAAUUGAGCGGCAGCUUGCAGCUGCAAAUGCACGAAUUAUCGAACAGGAAGAACAGAUCCUUGCCCUGCUGGAAGCGAAAAGGCAGGACACCGCGAAGGCCCACCAAGACGUGCAGAAACUGCAGAAUAAGGUACUCAUAAAAUAUAUUAAUACAAUUUACAUGUUGUCUACAUCUACUGUGCAUGUAAUUUUUGUUCGGUUCAAUAAGCUACAGAAACUAAGGGAGCAGAAGCUUUUUCUUGUUUUUCUUGAUGCGGUAGAAAAUAACUUCGUUGAUAUUAUACUUAGAUCGAGUCUCUUGCGUCCGAGAAGCGCAGUCUGGAAUUGAGGAUGGACGAAGUCGGACGCGACCGAAGCGUGUUGGAGCGACAGCAAGAGAAACAGCGAAAGCAGCUCAAAAUUGAGUGCGGUCAUGCUGAGGAACUUCGAGGUCUGGUUGUCGAGAUGCUAGACCAAGCUGAGUUUUGGAAAUCUCGGGGCGCCGGUGACAAGUGGCGACCUCGCCUCGAAAAACUUGUUCGGGAUGUUACUGCAGCUCCAGAUGGUCAACUUGUUGACCAAACCGACCUGUUGAAUCCAGAACAAAGGAAUAGGAGAGCGAGUUUCUCUGGCGGGCAGGUGGUCGUAGACGCAGCCGGUGAUCAGCACUUGGAAUUCGCGACGCCAGAGGGCGGCACGCACACAGUCGUCGUUCCUGGAGGUAGUGGAGCGGCCCCGUGGAACAGGCCGCAGUGGACCGACUCUGUCGUCUUCGGCGAGCGCGCUGCCAUGAAAAAGAAGCACGAGCUCGAGAUUCAGAAAUUACAAAACCAGGUCGAAAAACUACAGAAAGAAAAACUGCAAAUGCAGAAGUCCGCGACAGCAAGUAGCAAGUGUUUCGGAGGAGGAGAUAGCGCAACUGCAGGUGGCGUCGGAGCCACUAAGCAAGUGGCGCACGACCGGAAGAUGCUCAUGGAUCUCUGUCGCAAAGUGAAGAUAAUGCAAGACCAGAACGCGCAGUUGCGCGGCAAGAUAGAGAAAGACACUGUCUACAUCAAGCGACUCGAGAAACGAUUACUAGGCCAACCUGGCAGCACCUCGCUUGUGGGUGGGGGGGCAGGAGUCCCAUUAACGUCCGCGCGAAGCGCACCCCACCCGCACGACGGAAGUAGACCAGUUACGCCGGGCGGAAGAAGUCGUAGCAGCAUGAACUACAGAGGAAACUUUCACCACAAUGGUGCAGGAGCGAUAAACCAACACGAUCACGCGAAUACAUCGCUCACGGGAGCAGAUGGUGGCUCCUCCUCGUCCUCGUUCAACAUUGGAGUGCAUCGGAUAGGGCAGCGACAACGACCGGCAUCGGCGCAUCAAGUGGGACCAUCGUCAUCGCCGUAUGCAGUUUCAAGCAAUCCUGCAGCACGAUCAAGUACUGGAAGCAGGCCAUCGAGCCAUUACGGCGCUCCUGAAUCGUGGCAGCAUAGUCGCGCAAGUGGCACUGCUGGUGCUUCGGGAACGAAUUUUGCAGGCAGUCGGACCUUCCAGACAGCACUCGACGGGGCUCUGUCGCAAUCACAGCACACGGUAACAGCGGUCCUUCGAUUAAAUCAAUAUGAUGCUAGGUGUAGCUGUGAGGUAGAUGCCGGUGCCAGUCACUUGAUGUAAAAGAGCUCGAGAUUAAUCUAUCUAAGCUGCUGUAUCUUUUACAUUUGUCCAGCAUCUCCAUGCCGCUCAUGCCACUGCCACAACAGGCUCCGUCGUACUCGUUCUCGCCGCAACGGGUGUUGGGAGGUGUCAUUACUGGCGAGGAGAAUGAAGCCUCGAUAUCAUCAGAAAUGGCUGCCGUUCACGGUUCGGUUGGCGCAACGCUAAACGCAGCAGCCCAGAUCAUGUCACCAGUGGAAUCGCUCAAGGAGUCAACCAUUCUUUCGGAAGCACCAGCCGAAGGAAACAAAGGGGAGAAACAAGACGACGUUCAUGGUAAACUCACUAGGGAAAUUUAUGAACAAAUCAAAAGUUCUUGUAGAUUCAUUGCUCUGUUUGCUAGUGACCGUCGUGUACCUACGUCCUCUAUUAUAGGUUUAGACCAAGGAAACAAGAAAACUACAAUAAACAUAAAGCUUUUUCACAAUUUGAGCACUCACCGGAGGCGUUGCACAGGGCUCCGGCCUGCCUCUGAAGGUGAGACCUAUGGGGCUGACAGGACGACGAUAGCGCCGGCGCUUAAUUAGUUUGAGCAGUUAGCCGGAUACUUCAGGACGCUUGUUGAUAGUUGCCCUUUUCUCUUUUCUAUCUUCCUCUGGUCUGUCUUUUUUCUAGUUAGGCCGGUUCCGUCACAAUUAUGUAUAAUUUUAGGGAUCGCAGUAGAUAUAUAGUAGCUACUAGGGUCUUUCUCUCUGGUUGUGGGUUGAUUUGGUGAACCGGUACCCCAUAGCAAAUAAACCUGUGCACACAACCAGAGAGCUGAGCACUCACCGGAGGCGUUGCACAGGGCUCCGGCCUGCCUUCGAAGGUGAGACCUAUGGGGCUGACAGGACGACGAUAGCGCCGGCGCUUAAUUAGUUUUAGCAAAUAGAAGGAUACUCGCCGAUAGUUGCCCUUUUCUCUUUUCUAUCUUCCUCUGGUCUUUCUUUUUUCUGAUUAGGUCGGCUCCACCAGAAAUAUAAUAGUGCUCAGACAAAGUAGGCACCAUCACCAAAAACCAACUUCACAUCUCCUUUGUAUGAUUAAGGUCCCGACCAGGAAGUUGAUCACCGGUUCGCGGUCGAACAAGAAGCAUCGUCUGCCGAUUUUGCUGCUGACCUAGGCGUAGAGCCAUUUAGUGAAGCUACCAUUGCACCUGACGCGCCCUUUCUGGACCAAUCGAACACAAAAAGCAAUUUGCAGGUCGACAUCAGCACAACAUCUGGCGGAGUAGAGCUGAUACGGGUGGAUCUUUCGGCACCGGCUGGCAAAAACAGCGCUAGUAGUAUUAGCAGUAGUGCUGCCAGAACCAGAAGACAAGCACAAGCUCCUCCUGUUGUCAAUAGUUCUUCGAGCCAGUCUUAUCAUCAGGGCGCGUUGGGGAAUGUGCUGAACGUCGAUGAGCAGUUUGAUACAACGAUAUCUCCGGUAAUGCAAAAGGAAGAACUAGAACUACUUCCAUCUGAAGAGGACGGCGCAGCUAGUUCGACGGCGUUGCUCACAUCAGGACGGAUAACACCUGGUAGGAGGCGAUUCCGCGUCACUCCGAAAUUGGGUUCUUCAGGGCCAGAAUCUACGAAGUCAGAAGAACAAGUGGCUGCUUCGUCUUCAACGAAUGUAGGACGAUUGCAGCAGCCGAUAAUAUCAGCAAACUAUCGGAAAGCCCAAUAUCCGUCAAUAAACAGCAAAUCGAGCAGCUCACCCGAGGAUGUGUUGGCCUCUUUAAUGACUGGACCUACCCCUAGCACACGACGCAAUUUGAUAUCAAACAAACCAGUUCCAGUACGACCAGCUCCUUCAAGAGCUUCAUCUACCGCAAUGAAUGCGAAACCACGCAGUGCACGUUCAGAUCCACAUCGACACGAGGAAGACGAUGGCCUCCUAGGCGCAGGUGUGCCGGGGAUAGGCAAGAAAGACGAUGAGGCAGAUGAAGACUUUGACCUUUCUAUGUUGGAAAAAUUCACUACCGAUUGCGCAAGCUCACUCUUGCAAUCAUCGCCAGGAGCAGGGAGUAGGCCCGGCCCAGCAGGGGGGCCGUGAUGUCUAUACAUAGAUACAUUGUUUAAAUGUUGAGACUGAGAGCCAUCCAUGAUUCCCUUCAUAGAGUAGUAGUAGUUGCGUCGCAAACGCAAUUUCACAAGAACAAGAUCAUUUGAUCAUUUCUCAGUGCUGUUUGUGCAGUACCUACAAGAUUAUAGGUUCCUCCUGUCAAGCUAGCGCAGUUGAAUAGUAGUAGUGUCUCGAUCACAUUCACAUUGAAACUGACGGCGGCUGUGAACUUUGAUGAAGAUGAGUCUUCAUGUCAACAUUUCUUUCACAUUGCGGGGGAGGAUUGAGGCGAAUCUCCCACCCCACCCCUCGUUUAGGAGGCGGGGGGGCUGUACGUAAAGUAUACUCGUG